AUCUUGUUUUCUUCUGUCAAGAACAAAAUUUUCAGUUCGAUCCAAUCAUUUUUUCGCCAUUCGUUGGAGUUCCGUACAUUAUUCCGUUUUUAUAUCGCUUUUGCCACGAAAAAGUGUUCAAAUUUCGAGAUAAUUAAUUCCGCUGCUUUGUCUCCAUCGUAAAAGAGCGAAAAGUUAUCAAAAAACGGUUCGGAUUCGUCGCAUAAAUCAACGAAAAGCGAGCCGCGCAGCGUAAACGCAAUUCAGUUCGUGCUUUCCAGUAGAGGUCACCGCAAAAUCCUUCCAACAUAGGGCUAUCGGAGACGGCCGUAAUGGACAUCAUGGCUUCGAACCUCCAACAGCAGCGGGCCAUCACCGAGCAGUUGAGGCGGGAGGCCGCGAUCCAGCGGGUUCCGGUCACGCAAGCCGUGGCCGACAUCGUCAAGUACGUGACGGAGCACGAAGCGGAGGACUGCCUGCUGGUGGGCUUCUCCAGCCAAAAGGUGAACCCCUUCCGGGAGAAGAGCUCCUGCCAGAUUCUGUAGAGUGGCACGGCGGAAGCGGAAAUGCAAAUCGGAAAACGCAGUAAUGAUGUUCCCCUUCGUGUAGGUAGAGAUCGCUUGAUGUCAUGAUGUUAGAGAUAGAGAGAGAGGCGUUUCGGAAUCACUACAAAUUGAAAACAGGAAACUAGCUCGUAGGCAGCAAUAAACAGGUUGAAGAAAUAGGCAUUUCGUGUCAGAAAAUUCUCAUCCUAUCAGCAUAUGAAUAUCAUCAAUAUUGGACGUUAGAUGGAAUCUCGAGUAGACUAUCCGCUUUACUUUACAAAUGAAACAGAAAUAAUUCGGAACAGAAGGAAAUUGCCAAAUACCUAUUAUUACCUACUAUUGCGAUGGCUACUAAUGAAGGGAGUGUUCCCGCACAAUAUACUAUUUAUUGAAUGUUACUAAUCGAAUCUGUAUAUCAUCCGAAGUGUUGCAUUCGGAAUUUGUAGCUUCGCCACGACGGAAUAAGGAAAAAAUUUGGUAUGUACAAUCAGAAUUGGAAAUGCUUCGGAUAAAUAAAUCGUAAACUAUUUAUGUAAUGUGUAAUGAAAGGA